AUGUCGCAAUCACUCGCUCCAGAAUGCAAUGAAAUUAAGGAGCGAUAUGACACUUGCUUCCUUAAAUGGUACAGCGAAAAAUAUCUUCGAGGAAUAGGCACUACAGACAAUAAUGAAUGUGCUGUGUUAUUCAAAGAAUACAGCACCUGUCUCAAAGGGGCGCUGAAGGCUCGCGGAAUAGACAAACUUCUAGACGAGGCUCGAGAAGACAACAAGGAAAAUGACGCGACGUUGAUGGGGAAGAAGAAGUCUGGCUACAUCACUGCUCGAUGGGAUUUAGUCACCCGCCUCUAUGAACUCGCCAUCUUUGCCUGGAAUUACGGAGUGGUGACUCGCGCCGCCAAAGGAUUCGUCGUACUCAGCCUCGUUUUCUUUCUGAUCUUCUUACCGGUCGAGCGUCUCGCGACCCGCGAAGGGAAUCUGAGUGAUGGCCUGAUGCGUGUGUUUUGGCCGGCUGAUCUGCCACGGUCAGAUCUCCAGGGCGUGGUGGUUGGGUGGAAAAACUCCGCUCUAGAUGUCUUUGUUGUGGCUGUCUUGGAGGAAGUUGAACCUCGAAAUGUCGAGUUUGCCCUUAAGGUCGGCACACUCCUUCGGAACGCCCCCCAUCCGGUAAGCCGCAUCUACGAGCUCUGUGGCCAAUCAACAAUCAACGUACUUGGUCUUGCCAACGUACCCGACACCGCCGAUGUCGACCCAUCAUGGAUACGAGCAACCGUGGUGCCCGGUUGUCAAAUACCGGCCGUGACCUGUUCCCGUGCCUCCAGCGUCCAACUCAUACUUUUUGAACGGCCACAGCCGGAAAGGAUGCAGUAUAUGUCACUCCAUCCCAUCGCUCUAGCGUUGGAUGACAAGCAUGACAGCUUUCGGCAAGAGGUGCCUGACGGGAGCGAGGACGACGAUGAAAAGGACGAGCGCAGGAAGAAGGAUCAUAAGAAACGGCUUGUUGAAAAGCUCAGGCAGCAUUCGAUCUCUAAGCGCAUUCCCUCAGAGAAAGAAAAGGCGCUUGCUAAAAUCGUGAACCAAAUCAACUGGGCGUGGGAGCUGGAAACGCUUUUACAGAAGAACGUCUCUCGCAUUGGCACGCGCCCUAAGCGGAGCUUGAGUGUUUCUGAGAGGGUCGUUGAGUCGGCCACAACAGCGCGAGACAUGAUGCUUGUUUGGAUGUGGAACCUUUUCACCGCCUACGUGUGGCCGAUCAUCAAAAGGAUCUUCGUCAUGGGGCUAAUGGGCCACCGCAUUGCUGCCGAACUGCUCCUGCGCAUCUUGGAAUGGCGUGCGCAGCCAAAGUAUGCCGCACUUAAAGAUAUUUCGGCCACAGCUCAGCAGGUCGAGAUCCGUCUCCAGCAAUUUUGCUACUGGCCGAUGCAGUACGUCACUCUUCGGCGCCGGAAGAAUGACUGGGAAAGCGUAACCACGAGUCACCCCGACUACAUCCGCUUUUACAACAGCCUCUGGCUGGUCGCCAACGACGUGAUAAUUGGCAUUGCACUAGGUUCCUACAUCAUCGAUAAUGCCAGUUGGGUGGCCGAGGAGAUCAGUCAACUCCUUAGCCAAUACACAGUGGAUGCGCUGCAAACUAGUAUUUCCUGGCUUAUGGGAUGGCCAGCCGGGUUGAAGCUGAACAAUGAAUUGGGCGCAUUUCUCGGAGAUUUGUUCCUAUGGGUCAUUGAUUACUGGUCGAGCUGUAUCGUGGCGCUUCGCCCGGUCUUGCCACACAUCAUUCUCUUCAUCGGCUUUUCGAGUUUCGCCGGUGCCAGCAUGCCGAUUGCCCUUUUCUCCGACCUUCUCUCUAUCUUGACCGUGCACAUCUACUCCUUCUACCUAGCCUCGGCGCGCAUCUACCAUUGGCAGCUCAACAUCCUGAUCUCCCUGUUUCACUUGUUCAGGGGCAAGAAGCACAACGUUCUCCGGAACCGCAUCGACUCGUGCGACUAUGAUCUCGACCAGCUACUCGUUGGGACUAUCCUCUUCACCCUUCUUUUCUUCUUGCUCCCAACGGUAGUAGUUUUCUAUCUUAAUUUUGCAAUCGCACGCAUGAUAAUUAUUUCACUAAAGGCCGUUUUCGACACCAUGCUUUCGUGUCUGAACCAUUUCCCUCUUUUUGCGCUUAUGCUUCGAGUCAAGGACCCCGGAAGGCUUCCAGGUGGCGUUCGCUUUGAACUUCGAGAUACCCGAGACUUUGAUUAUUCGCUCAACGAUCCAUCCCCACCUCCUACUUCAAUCUCUGUGGUACACUUGAAGUCCGUUCCUCUGAAGUUCACCGCCAUGUUCCACCAAUACUUUCAAAUGGGACAGCGGAUCCGCAAACAUUAUCUCUCGCCACGGGUAUUACUGUGCCUACUCACCGGCAAAUUUGUCCCACCAUUGAACCGAAAGAACCUGUACAGUCUCCAGUACAGCAUGCUCCCAGCACGGAGAGCGGGAGUUAUGGAAAUGUGGGAUGCAGUCAACUCGCUCCCAGAACCCAAGAAGAGGAAACCCCCUGUCCAGGUCCCUAUUCUAACCAACGGGAAGAAAUUCCCAAGUAAUCACUCCGGGGGAAGAUCACGGGGGUAUGGGUAG